AUGGCUUGGUCCGAUCUGAUUCCUGACAUCCUCAGACUCAUCUCUGACAGGCUCCAUCACUGCUUCGAUUACAUCAAUUUCCGUAUGGUUUGCACCGACUGGCGGUCCGCUGUCCCGCCGAAAAAAUUCGCCCCGCUUCUCAUCCUCCCGCCCGAGCCCAACUUGGGCGACCUUCUCUACUUCGACCCCGCCGACGGCGGCGUCCAUUCGCUCCCCCUGCCGGAAGAAGCCCGGAACAAGAGCUUCUGCGGCACGUCCCGCGGCUGGCUCGCCCUCAUGGACGACGCCACCGUGUCCAUGCUCCUCGUCAACCCCUUCACCCCCGACGUCGUAUACCCCCUCCCUCCCACCCCCCAGCGCGUCUACUUCACCUCCCACCCCAAGGAUCCAUCCCGUGGUCGCUGGAUCACGCAGCAUGAGUGCAUCAACGAGAUCGUCAUGUCAGCGUCUCCAAACGCGGGGGCCGAGUGCGUCGUGAUGGGACGUCUUGGAUCCUGCGACCAGUUGGUCUUCUGCCGGCCCGGCGACGCCGUCUGGACCGACGUCGACACCCACUAUGAAAUCGACGGCGUCGCAUUCUGCGAUGGCAGGUUUUAUGCCUUGGAUCGCAAUGGAAAUAUCUUGAUCAUCGAGAUGGACCCCGAUGGAAGAAACGUCGCUUUCAAGGAGACGGUCGUGGUGCCUUUCGAGUCCAAGCAGUACAAGUUUCUGGAGUGGAAUGGGGAGCUGCUGGUCGUCGGUAUCAGUUUCCAGCCUAUCUAUGAGGAUGAUGAUGAGGACGACGACGACGACGACGACGACGGCGACGACGACUUGGGACCUUUCAUUUUUAAGAGUGAGGGUCUCGGGGAGGGAUUGACGUUGUCUGAAAUGGAGAGCUUGGGCGAGAACACAUUAUUCGUGUCCGAGAAUCACUGUUUUGGAUAUGUUGGACGUGGAGUCCAUGGAUGCAAGAGGAAUUGUAUAUAUCUCUCUGGAACUGCUUUUGAUGGCCUUGAAGGCGUUCACGACAUCAACAUCAUGAAUUUAGAAGAUGGAGCUUCAGAAAUCGUAUGGUGCCGUUGGCCCUCCCAGCGGUCAGGAUUGCCUCGUGAGAGCUCGCAGCAUUCAGGAGCGUUUUUUUGGUUUAGGCCCAGCUUCUACUAG